AUGAGAGAAGUCUCAAAAGCACUCGAUUUGGCUCUGAGUCACUCACAACCCCAUGAGGGUAUAUCUCUACCUGCCUCCCAGAUGAUACCGACCUCUAAUGAGGGGCAUCCGAUGUACGCAAUGGACCAACAGCAAGUUCAUGGGCCCUACGGUAGGCACUACGGGGUGCAAGUUGCUCAACCCGGGGGAUACCAGAGUGUACAACGCGAUGCAGGCUGGACAGAGCGAGUCCUUGAUGAAAUGAAGGACAUGCUACUUCUCCUCACCCCCGAGGGCCGAAUCACCUAUGCCACACCAUCAUGCAAGAAUAUCACCGGUCGUGCCGCAAAACAACUCGAGGGAAGUCUUCUGUCACAUUAUAUUCAUGGGGACGAUCAUCGAAUCUUCCAGAGAGAUUUGGACGACUCGGUCGCCGCGAACCAAUCGUUCCGAACCCAUUUACGAUUCCGAAAGACCAAUAACACAUAUUGUCUCAUAGAGGCCUAUGGUCACCCACAUCUUGCAAACCAAGAUGAGCGUCAGGCAGGGAGAACCAUGUCCGCCAGCGGGCGCUGCACUGGCUUUUUCCUCGUGUGCCGACCAUAUCCCAACAAGGUCUCGCAGCUCCUUGACUCUUUUUUGGAACACAAGAUUGAGAACGCACGUCUGAUCCAACAGAUCGCCAAACUAAAGCAAGAAGAAGAUGAAGAGGCGGCCGCGGCUCGGAUACAAUAUUCUAGCCGCGACCAGGAUAUUCGCGCCCCCAUGACGGAGACCCAGGGCCAACAACCCGCUCGUUCAGGGGAAAUAUCUAGUGAUCCUGAUACGACGGACACUGUGGGGCCGACUUCGGACGAAUCUGAUACGGGCCAAUCGACGAGCUAUUAUCCAGAGCGCACUACUGGCGAAGUUUACUCACACCUCGACGGCAUCGAAGUCAUGACUGGUCUUUACUACGCAGAGGGCGAGAGAUCGCAAGGCCUCAGCACAGGCGUCAGCCGUGGUCGUCUUGUACAUUGCGAUAUUGACAUCACCACUGCUGCUGACCAAGAGCGCAACGCUCAGGAAGGUGACCGCCGUAAAAGGCUCAAGGCCCAACAUGUCUGUAGCGACUGUGGGACGGCUGACUCGCCAGAAUGGAGAAAGGGGCCGAACGGGCCUAAGACCUUGUGCAAUGCUUGUGGCUUACGCUGGUCUAAGAAGGAAAAGAAGCGCCAAGAGUCGGCCUAA